UCGCCAAGAUCUCGAAACCCAUCGCUUUCUAGCUUUUUACUUAGUUGUUUUUGCACGUUCGCUGUAAAGAAAAAAGGGAGAGGCAGCCAUUCUCCCCGCUGUCUGCACUGUUCCUCCUGCAUUAGUGCCAACAACUGGUUAAACCGGUUCCCCUUGGUGAACAGUAGAGUUUGGCGCCGGGUUCCCGCGGCGAAGGAGGAAUUGGGGGGGCAGGGCCGGCGCGAGUGGCGGAAGGAGGAGGUGCUGGAGUGACACCGGAGCAAGAUGGCGGCGGGCGCCUCCGUGGCCGUAUCCCCUGAGCCGGGGCGAUGCGCCUUUUACUUGGAGCGAAAGAGACGCUUCUGCAAGAUGGUGCCGGCCCAGGGCAAGCGCUUCUGUGGGGAACACGGCGCCCACGAGGAAGAGGAAAACAGGAAAAGAAUUCUCUGCCCUUUGGAUCCAAAACACACUGUAUAUGAAGAUCAACUACAAAAACAUUUAAAAAGGUGCAAUUCAAGAGAGAAACCAAAACCUGUAUAUUUUGUUCAAGAUAUUAAUGCAGGAAUAAAAGAUACAGCUGUUUUGUCUGAAGAACAGCAGCUUCCAAUUUCUUCACUGUCUACAGAAGAGUUAGAAGACUUAAUUAGGAAGUUAAGAACAGCAGCUGACAGUAUAAAUUAUGUACUUCAAGAUCAAAUCCUCUCUCAUCCUGCCUUAAAGGAAGCUCUGAAUGAUCCCAGGAAUGGAGAAACAGCUUCUAAGCAUUUGAAACAACAGGCUUCUAUAUUAGGUAACAUGGAAAGACUGCAUUUGCUUGGACCAGGGAACUGUUUUGUUGAAUUUGGAGCUGGCCGGGGAAAGUUGUCCCAUUGGGUGGAUAUAGCCUUAGAAGAUGCUCAGGAUGUUCACUUUCUUCUAGUUGAAAGAGCAACUACCAGGUUCAAGGUAGAUGGUAAGCACAGAAAACAUUGUUUUGAAAGGCUUCAAGUUGAUAUCCAGCACUUGUGUUUAAAUAAAGUGCCUGCCCUUGUGAAAGAGAAGCUCCCUGUGGUAGGAAUUGGAAAGCAUGUAUGUGGUUCUGCAACAGAUCUUGCUUUGAAAUGUUUACUUGAAACCUACACACAGCUCGGUGACAACAGAAAGGAAGAUCCUGCACCAAAACGCUUGAAGACCAAUGGAACCACCAUACCACCCAAUAAUUCUGAUGAAUCAUGUAGGAUGGCUAUAACUGAGAACAGAUGCUGUGUAGCUGGAAUUGUUAUUGCGCUAUGUUGCCAUCACAGAUGUGAGUGGGAACAUUAUGUAGGCCAAGAGUUCUUUAGAAGAGUAGGACUUGGGGCAAUGGAAUUUAAUUAUUUAAAAAGAUUGACAAGCUGGGCUACUUGUGGAAUGAGAUACACUUCAAGAAAAGCCUCCAUAGCUGACACGAAGAAUGAAGAACAAAGCAAUGAAGUAGAAGAGCAUGACCAAGAUGACAGUAGUGCCGAAUGCAAUUUGGAUAGUAUUCAAGGGGUGCUAACCACUGAAGAAAGAAAGCAGAUAGGCUACCUUUGCAAGCUGCUGAUAGACUAUGGUCGGAUUGAAUAUCUACAGAAAAGAGGAUACGAAGCUGUGUUGCAGCACUAUACAGACCUCAGUGUAUCCUUAGAAAAUGUACUCUUGACAGCUGUGCCCUGUUGGCCUUCUUCAGCACCUCCUUCAACUGCUUAAAAGUGAGAGGACUUUAAAUGGUUAAAAACACAGACUGUUGAAAUGAGAGAUCCAGCAUUGAGGCUACCAGACUGGUGUUGGCUUUUUGGUGAUCCUCUGGAACCAGAAGAAGAGUAUUCCUUGGUGUUGGUGUUGACCUCAGCCUCUUUGUUGAAGUGGGUAUGGAUGCUGUUCAGGUUUUCUCUGCUUGGAAGAACUAUAAUAAUCUUUCAGUAAUAAUGAAAACUUAGACUGGCAUGCAUACUUUUUCAUUUGCCAGUACCAGCAGAUGUAGUACUGUUUUCUGAAAGAGAAGUGUAAUGGAAUCGAUCAAUAUCUCAAAAAAAAUUGAAUUUACACUUACACAAGUUUAAUAGCAAUGGAUUUUUAGUCUUUUCUACCUUGUUUGCUAUACUUUUUGUAUGUCUUCUUUUUAAGGUGCUUUAAAACUGCUUUUGAAAAGCCAGACCAGAAUUUUUGAUUCAUUGUUAGGAAGGACUGUGGGCAAAAUCACUCAUUAAAUUUCAUACAUAGUUUGCUUUUCCAUG